GAAGUCGGUAGUAUCGCGCCGGCUGCGCAAGAGCAGCCUGUAAGGCAGAUUUUCCAAUAAUGAACAACCCGUGGUAACUGUCAGUCUGCUCGUGGUGCAUUUCGUUGACUCUUGCUGCGCACAGUGUGUCCCGGCGUGUGUUAAAAUGUGCUGUACGAUAUAUUAAAUACAUCACCGAACGCGGAUUACUCGAAGAACAACGAGGAUCCUGCUUUGAAAUAGGUGCGCGGAAUCAAUAAACACGCGAUGGAGAGAAGAAAGUGAUCCUAAAAAUUGCAGCGGAAGCCUCCGCCGCCGUUCGACCUUCGGUUCACGAGCAUGGAGACUUUCCUCGGUGCUCGCGUCAGUAUAGAAGCCGCGUAGAAUCAGGAUCGCAAGGGGAACCAUCAGUGCCACGGGAUCCAAGAUGGGCAAGUGUUGCAGCAAGCGGCAAGAGUCACAGCCCCUCGGUUACAAGAAGGCGGACACAGGGAUAAGCUCGAAACACAGCAAUGGAGGCUCCUUGGACCGGUACACUGCCGACCCUAAUCAGAGGGGUGUACAGGCGAGGGCGGAUAUCAUCCGGCAGAGGCCGACACCUUGUAAGCUACAGAUUCCGCAUCAACCCCGUAAAACAAGCUCGCCUGUCGUUAUGCCUGCAUCGCAUUCGCAGAGGUCAAACAAGAUCGUGGUGGCUCUGUACAAUUACACUGCGCGCGAGAGCACCGACGUCAGCUUCGUGAAGGGCGACCGUAUGGAAGUAUUGGACGACUCGGAGCCCGACUGGUGGAAAGUUUUGCACUUGACAACUUUACAAGAGGGCCUGAUCCCUUGGAACUUCGUCGCCGUCGAGCGCUCGGUGGAGAGCGAAGACUGGUUCUUCGAGAAUGUCUCGCGGAAGGAGGCUGGCAAGCUGCUGCUGGUCGACGAGAAUCCGCGGGGUACGUUCCUGGUCAGACCCAGCGAGCACAAUCCCAGAGGCUACAGCCUCUCCGUGAAGGACUGGGAGGAGGGAAGGGGCCAUCACGUGAAACACUAUAAAAUUAAACCCCUGGACAAUGGAGGCUUCUUUAUCGCCACCAACCAGACAUUCCCCACGCUGCCGGCCCUCGUUAUGGCGUACAGCAAAAACGCGUUGGGUCUUUGCCAUGUGCUUUCGAAACCCUGUCCGAAGCCGCAACCGGACAUGUGGGACCUCGGCCCGGAGCUGCGCGACAAGUGGGAGAUCAACAGGAACGAGAUCCAGCUGAUCCGCAAACUGGGCCACGGCAACUUCGGCGAGGUCUACUACGGCAAGUGGAGGAACAAGAUCGAAGUGGCUGUGAAAACGUUGCGACCCGGGACCAUGUCUACAGAAGCAUUCCUCCAGGAGGCGGCGAUCAUGAAGCAAUUCCGGCAUAGACACCUGGUGGCGUUGUAUGCCAUCUGCUCGAAGGAAGAACCGAUCUACAUCGUGCAGGAGUACAUGUGCAACGGCAGCCUGCUCGACUUCCUGAGGACGGGCGACGGCAAGUACAUGCAGUUCGAGGACCUGAUCUACAUCGCGGCGCAGGUGGCUUCUGGCAUGGAGCAUCUAGAGAACAAGCAGUUGAUACACAGAGACCUGGCAGCGAGGAACGUGCUGAUAGGGGAGAAGAACAAGGCGAAGAUCUGCGACUUCGGCCUGGCCAGGGCGAUCGAGGACGACGAGUACUGUCCCAAGCAAGGUAGCAGAUUCCCUGUCAGGUGGACAGCUCCGGAGGCCAUCGUCUACGGCAGAUUCAGCAUCAAAAGCGACGUCUGGUCCUACGGCAUACUUCUGAUGGAGCUCUUCACUUAUGGCCAAGUUCCUUAUCCUGGUAUGCAGGGUCGCGAGGUAAUAGAUCAGAUAAACAAGGGCUACCGAAUGCCGAAACCAUUGAAUCACCCGCUGCCGGACAGCAUUUAUCGAUUGAUGUUGCAAUGCUGGGACGCCAGCCCCGAGAAGCGGCCCACGUUCGAGUUCCUAAAUCACUAUUUCGAGUCAUUUAACGUCACUAGCGAAAUACCGUAUCUCGAGCCGCCAAUGGACUGAUACACAGCUCACAUGCCGAGUCACCUGAUGCCGCACGGUCAUUUCCACCCAGCGCACAUUAACUGUGCCAUGGAGUUUUAUGGUAUUUACUGCUAAAGAGCCCCUCCGAGGAGAAACGCUCUCCGAGUUCCAAAAAACAGAAAACACAGAAAAAACAGAAACAAAAAACGAAACAGAAUGACAGAGUGUGUACAAUCGUGCUAAAACAAAAACGAACAUUGUCUAAAAUAAUAAUUAAAAAAAGAAAAAAAAGAAAAAUUGGCGGCGAGGAAUUUUUCUAAACGUUACCAGAUUUUUCUCGAAGCAAUCGUUUACAAACGCUGCCAAACUAUCUCCAUGGUGUUCGCGAGUAUAUAUAAUAUGUACCAAGUGUUCUUCAGACCGUUCUUUUCUUUCGAUUUCGGGGACUUGUAUCCAAAUUGAACGUCGCGCAAGCAUCUCAAGACGACAUUUGAGAUCACGGUGUGCCAUGGAACUAAACGUUGUAUCGAACCAAAAAGAAAAAGAAAAAGGAAAAAAAGGAAAACAACAAAACGUGGGAAUGAAUGAACAAGCCUUUCGCAUCUCGAAGGCUCCCGAAAACUGUGUGACCAAUCGUAAAUAACUGCCGACUGAUGUACCAGAGUCAGACGACUGAUAAUAAGAUUAAUAGAAUCGCUACCUGUAUCCAGUAUCUAUGUAAGGUUUAAACGAAAAUCGUUCGUCGUUCGAGAUACUUAAAUAAGCAUUUUCACAAUUUUUCGAGGGGCCGAGAAAGUAUAGUCGGCGGCAUGGUACCGAUAAUCGUACGAGAAGAGGGAAUCGUGUUUCUAGAGGGUAGAGUCUUUAAAUGGUAGAAAGAUGUAACCGAUGUAAUAAUUAGUCCGUCGAUGUACGAUCGCAGCGCAGAAAGGAGGAGCGUUCUCGUUGAUCUCGUAUCGGUCGCGAAUCGACCUUUCCUACGAUCCCCCUCCCCUCUCCCUCCCCUAAAAAAAAAGACUACGAAAAAAGCAAGAAAAAUCGCACCGUGUUUUCUUUCCUCUUUCAAUCGUAACGCGAUCCUCGAGGGUCCUCGAAGGUCCCAAUGCGAACGGUCCCAUCGGACGCACAAAUGGGCGAUAGAACACAAUCACGUUCUACGGUAAAUAAUGUAGAAAGUAGCAGCGACCUUAUCGUUUAGUUUUUCGAACGACGCGCCGUCGCGUAGAACAAUAUUUUAUACGAGAGAUUGAUACGUUUUCUACGUAGAUGAUGAACAAGCAAACGAAAAAGAAAAGAAGAACCGGAAAAGACGAUGAAAAAAGAAACAGUUAGCAAAGCUGUUCAUUCGGUGUACUUUUGUUCUGUGAACGGUAUAUCGCGAAUGCACGAUUCGGAAAGCACCACACACGGCGAUACGUUUCUGUAAUAUACGUAUUAUUAUUUUCUACUGUGAUCGAAGCCUGCAAAAGAACGCAUACAAGUCGAAACUGUCGUUUCUCGUCUGUGUUUCGGAGGAAAUGUCUGGGAGAAAAGAUAAAAAGAACAGUUUCAGUCAUCGACGUUGCUCGUACAAAGUGUUAGAGGAAAUUGUAAAUUUUCUACUAAACACGCAAGGAAAACGACAGGUAAUUAGGGUAGUGUCUAGGCGGUAGACCGCGAGAUAAAUGUAAAGCGAGCGAGGAAACGAGAGAAAACGUGAAAAAGUGAAAAAAGAGAAAUAGGUCUCCUCGGGGUGUGAAACGCGCAAUCGUGCGAAUCUUUCUUUUUCUAACGUCGAUCCCGAUCCCAGUUUCGAUUCCGAGGACAAACAUUGUUGUCGUCAUGGUCGCCCCCCCCUCCCCGCGGAACGUAUCGUUAGACGUAAAGUCCCUAGGCGUAUAUUAAACUAUUGUCAUGAGAUGAAGAAAAAAAAAUUACACGAUGAGCCAUUAUGACACUUUAGAUAUUAACGUUUAAACGAAUAAGAAAAAAAAACAAUUGAUUAAGCGCGAGAGACUGAGAGAAUGACGGCGCGAUAGGGAUUAGAGAGUGUGUAUGUACGCGCGCGCGUGUGUUUGUGUGUGCGUGUGAUACGAGAGAGAUUACGCGUGUGUGUGUAUUGAAUUGUUACAGUGUCUGUGCGGUAUUAUUUUCAUUUUUCACGCGCAUCUUGCCGUGACGGUAAGAGACCAGCAAUAAAAUGUCGCGCUCUUCGAACGACCCGUAAACAUUGCUCAAUAGAAGGAUCCAUCGUUCUCACCUGAUCGCGUUUAUCAAGCAGUGCGCACCUGGCAAGCCUGACUAGUGUGAAUGUCCUUUGAACAGAGAUGGGAGGUGGUUGCUCGAGGCCCUAAAUUGGUCGAGAUUCUUUAAAAUACCUUCGAACAUUAAACGAUGAAAAAAAUAUUCAUGUUCAAAAAGUAGAAUAUAAAAUAGAACCAAUGUGUUCGAUAAAAAUUGGUUAUUAAAUAGUGGGAUAAAAUUGUUCGUUUUCUGUGACCGGAUACGUUAUCUCCGAUAAGAAGACAACCGCGAGCAAUCAGACUCUUCGUGUCCUACCGUAGUUCCGACCGAAACGUCCCAAGGUACAUCGAUGUCAGUGUUAAUACAUUUAAACGGCUUACGUUCACCGGGACUCGUCGCGAACACGACAUUAUAUUGCAACCUUUAUACAUAUAUAAAUAUAUAUAAAUAUAUUAUAUAUAGUAUACCGACAUACAUAUAUAUAUAUAUAAUAUAAUGUUUUAUACUUUGAUUAGCAGGGCGAACGCCAUACCUUCGUUGUGUGAGUUAACUAAUUUAUUCUAUAUAGUACGACGCGGUGAGUGCACGUGGAAAAGCUCAUGUUUACGUAGUGUUUAGAAAGUAGCUGUAUUACGUCCAGUAAAAAAAAAAGAAACUUUUUCUAAUGAGCGUUUUAUACCGAUCAAAAUGUUGUUGUGUUUCUCGCACGGAGAACGGUCACUCUUCGAAGUUUCUCGCUAAACUGAUCAUGUUGUCGCCAUAGGUUCGGUAGACCGAAUGCCGAAGUCGGUCCCCGUUCGACUUGACCAGGUGUGUCCACCCAUCCAGGUGGCCGGAAAGUAUCGUUUCGUUUCAUUUUUCUCUGUAUCGAGUGUCACUGUCCCUAUAGAUCAUUUCUCCCGAGCAAAACGUAAGAGAGUGGUAUAUUUAAAUAUUAUAAAUGGUUAGGGCAUCAUGUGGCCUUUUCCACUGGACCUAGAGACUGAUAUCGUUUAGAAGAAACAGAAACAGCUGUAUUCGAAUUGUAUUCGACGACUAUACCUGACACAAAUUUUCCAGAAUCUCUUCAAAUCGCUGAUCUUUACUGCGGUCGCUGGAAAACGAUGCCGCGCGGUCGUAAAAUUCAUUCAUUCUAUCACAAGCACUUCGGUUCUAAAAUGAUAAUCUUCAAGGAAAUUAAAUGGUUCGAUCACAUGUUAUUCAGCUAUUCAUUUCCUCGUACAAACCACUGAAACAUGAGAGCUGUAGUUCCCCCGAUCGAUUUUACGACCACACUGUAUCUCCUCCAUCGAGAAUACGGCGUUAGUAGAUGAUAAAAACAACUGUUGUAAAGUUUACAUUGCACGUGCCUGUUGAAUUAUUAUCUGUUCGUCGAUAAUUGAAUACAAACCUUUGGCGGGCACAAUCUCUAUCAUAUUCGAACAGGAACAGUUUCUUUUCGCGGGAGAGGAAGAAAAAAUAUUUUUGGGUUCUCAGCGUGUUCUUGAAAAAUCGAAAUCGAAUUCUUCGUCGGGAGACGCCGCGUUUCGAAUGCCGAAGAUAUUUCGAUGACGAAAGAACCUGUUGCUAAUGGUAUCAUUGUAAUGCGUCCGGUAGUCCAAAGUAUAUUUAAAUACGCUGGUUUGCGCAAGUAUAUAACGCUAUUACUUUUUCUUCGAUGCUGGUCGACCAUUCGUAUGCACCAAGGUAUGCAAAUUAUUGAUCUUGAACUAAAAAAACUGUUCUUUCUUUUUUUUAUCUAAUCAGCACUCGCAGAUCGCUACAUUUAACUGUUAUCGCGCUCAUAAUAUUCUUUUUACGUAACACGUCGGACGCUAUUCAACGUAGUUCGUUGAGAAGUAAUAAAGGAUAAUAGAGUUAUCGACAUAGCGAGAACGAGUUCAAUAGUUUGCACACCUCUUUCAAUGCCAAGUUUAUAGAAUUAUAACGACCCAAGCUGAAAGUUUCGUAGUUUAUAAAUGUUUGCCGUCUCAAUUAUUGAUCCAAGUAGCACUUUACGAUAACUUCGACUGUAUUUUUAAUACAUUUAUCGGGUAACUAUUUUUACUGGUUCGAUUAGCCGUAUCGUUUCCAAAUGGUAGCGCGUUUCGCGAACGAUACUUUCGGUUCUAUUGGCAUGCGUUACACGGUUUAUUAUUAACAACACCGAUCAUUGCAUUGUGACUUGUAUAUUUAUAGGCACAGCUUCGUUUCCAUUGUUAGGUACAUCGAGUAACAAUCCAUAUUUGAUUGAGCGUCUAGAUCGCAGAUCGAUCCUUUUUUAUUGUCCAAAAAACACCGCGUCUCUCGGUUCGGAAACAAAGUAUUUUUCGUCUAUUCAGUUUCUCCCUUUUCAGUCCGAUUUCAUAGUUUUCCUAAUCUGUUUUCUAUUUCUUUUUCUUUUUCGUUUUCCAAUUGGAAAUUCGUUUCGUCGUGGCUCCGUUCAAAUGAAAUUUUACUAAAUCUGUGAUAUAGCGACAGACCUCAAUGUUUUGAUACAGAGUUUGAGUGUUGCGCGGGGCUACCACGAAAUAAUUCGUCGUACCGGAGAAGCUGCUAAUUAAUACCGUUCGUACUAGAUGUUGAAAAUAAAAUGAGGAAAGAAAAAAAGAAAUGGAGACGUUGAAGAUGAUAGAAAAGAACAAACCGAACAGUCGUCACGUGAUGCGCACACCAAAUAGAUGAUGGAUAUUUUUUAACGCAGUUUUAGGCUUUCGUGGAAGGUUUCUCACAGUACACAGCGCGUCAACAUGGUUCACACUCGUACCUAAAGUAACAAAAAUGAGAAAAAGAAGAAGAAUACGGAUCAAUAUAUCGUCAUUGUUUACGUACCAAAGCUUAUUAUCAUUAAGUAAUUUAAACGGUUACUUUGUAUCAUUGUAUUAAGUAUCAUAAGCCUAUGCAGAUAAAUAUAUUAUGUAUCAUACGAA